GUUUUUCCCUCUCUUUGCCUGAUUCCCAGCCCUGUCGGGUGGACAGUGUGCGCGCAGCGUCGAGUGUCAGUACUGCAUAUUGAAUUUCCUUGCGCUCUGGACUUGUCUCUGGGAGCUCCGCUGAAUGUGUCUUCGUUUCCUCUGCCUUCUCAUGCCGAAACGCUCCGUGGUGGUCGGAGGAAGUUCUUUUCGCCCACAGAUACGGCUUUGAAACGUGAAACCCUAUGAGGGUUGUUGGCGGCAUGAACCUUUCUCUAUAAAAAGGACGGUGAAACAUUCAAGCUGAAUUUGGCCGGACCACUGAAUAUGCCCAGGAGCCCAACGUCCAGCGAGGAUGAGAUGGCCCAGAGUUUUUCCGACUACUCCAUGGAUUCAGAGUCCGACAGCUCCAAAGAGGAGACCAUCUACGAGACCAUAAAAGCCACCGCCGAGCGGCCGCACAGCAGGAUGGAGGACAUCCAGAGCAACACCCUGGUCGUCCGCGUGGUCAUCCCCGACCUGCAGCAGACUAAAUGCAUGAGGUUCAACCCUGAUGCCACCAUAUGGGUUGCCAAGCAACGGAUCCUGUGCACACUGAACCAGAGUCUAAAAGACGUCCUGAACUAUGGACUCUUUCAGCCUGCCGGCAACGGAAGGGAUGGCAAGUUUCUGGACGAGGAGCGACUCCUGAGAGAGUACCCUCAACCCAUCAGCAAAGGGGUCCCGACACUAGAGUUUCGCUACAAGAGCCGAAUUUACAAGCAGCCAAACGUCGAUGAGAAACAGAUUGCCAAACUUCACACAAAGGCCAACCUGAGGAAGUUCAUGGACCACAUUCAGCACCACCAGACAGAGAAGGUCUCCAAGAUGCUGGAGAGAGGGCUCGACCCCAACUACCAUGACGCCGAUACCGGUGAAACCCCGCUGACCUUCGCCGCCCAUCUGGACAACAUGGUGGACGUAAUCAAGGCCCUGAAAAACGGGGGUGCACAUCUGGAUUUCCGGGCGAAAGACGGGCUGACCGCCCUGCACAAGGCAGCCAAGUCUAAGAACCAAGUGGCCCUGACGACGCUGCUGGAGCUGGGAGCGUCGCCGGACUACAAGGACAGCCGGGGCCUGACGGCACUCUACCACACUGCCAUGGUCGGGGGAGACCCCUACUGCUGCGAACUGCUGCUGCACGAGCAGGCCACUGUCAGCUGCCAGGACGAGAACGGCUGGCACGAGAUCCACCAGGCCUGUCGCUAUGGACACGUCCAGCACCUGGAGCACCUGCUGUUCUACGGCGCGGACAUGAGCGCGCAGAACGCCUCGGGCAACACGGCGCUGCACAUCUGUGCGCUCUACAACCAGGAUAACUGUGCCAGAGUUCUUCUUGUCCGCGGAGCCAGCAAGGAGGUGAAGAACUACAACAGCCAAACUCCAUUCCAGGUGGCCAUUAUAGCAGGCAACUUUGAACUGGCAGAGUUAAUUAAGAACCACAAAGAGACUGACAUAGUGCCUUUUCGAGAGGCACCGGCGUACUCCAGCCGGCGUCGGGGUCCCCAGAGCACGCUCACCGCGCCCCGGGUGCUGCUGCGCUCCAACAGUGACAACAACCUGAACGCCAGCGUCGCGCCGCCGGACUGGUCGCCGGCCGCCCCGUCCGCCGCGUCCGCCGGGUCCUCGGCCGUCUCUUCCCACUGCAGCCUCUCCCCUCGCCUGCUCCAGCAGAUGCAGAGCAACCCCAAUGGCACAGUGAAGACCAUGGGGAGGGGCUCCCGCGCGCCCCGCAGCCGCUCGCCCUCCCUCAACCGGCUGGGGGAGGAGGCCCGGAGACAGCCCCCCCAGCGCCACGUCAGUCCCAGUGCCAACCGCGAGGCCCACUCGGCGCUGGACUUCCAGGGCUCCAAGCGCAAGCUGUACAGCGCCGUCCCUGGGAGACACUUUGUGGUGGUCCGGUCCUACCAGCCGCAGGGAGAGGGAGAGAUCAACCUGUACAAGAAUGACAGGGUGAAAGUUCUCAGCAUAGGAGAAGGAGGGUUCUGGGAAGGUAGCUCCCGGGGGCAUGUGGGCUGGUUCCCGGCAGACUGCGUGGAAGAGAUCCCCACCAAGCCCUACGAGGAGAAGCCGCAAACCAGAGCUGAUAGAUCGGACAGGAGGAAACUAUUCAGACACUACACAGUUGGGUCUUAUGACAGCUUUGAUGCAUCAAGUGACUGCGUUGUUGACGAGAAGACCGUGGUUCUGCAGAAGAAAGACAAUGAGGGGUUUGGAUUUGUGCUGCGGGGGGCCAAAGGCUUCGGUUGCUACCCCCAAGCCGACACACCCAUCGAGGAGUUCACCCCCACCCCAGCCUUCCCUGCCCUCCAGUACCUGGAGUCAGUGGACGAGGGUGGGGUCGCCUGGCAGGCGGGACUCAGAACCGGAGACUUCCUCAUUGAGGUCAACCAGGACAACGUAGUGAAGGUGGGUCAUCGGCAGGUCGUCAACAUGAUUCGGCAAGGGGGCAACCAGCUGGUCAUCAAGGUGGUGACGGUCAGCAGGAACCUGGACCCAGAGGACACCGCUCGCAAGAAAGCACCCCCACCUCCAAAGAGGGCUCCAACCACAGCGUUGUCCAUGCGUUCAAAAUCUAUGACUUCUGAGCUGGAGGAGCUAGUGGAUAAAGCCACACUGAGGAAAAAGAAGGGCGGUAAGUUCAUCAAGCAUGCUUCCUCAAAAUUUUAUAUCAAGUCUGCGUUAUUGGACCACACCAGACGACUUUUGAGAACUUAAAAAGCUUUUGAUGGCACUAUUUGAUUUGUGUUGAUACAUCAGGAAGAUUUUUUUUAUUGUUUGUCUGCAACAUAAUAUUGUAUUGUAGUAUGUCUGCCUCUGUAGUAAUACAAUGAAAUACUUUGAAUUGAAUUGCUAAACUGCCAGGGUAGGCUGUAGGCCCUCGUGUGGUUAUUUGGCUUGCUGAUUAGGUUGCAUUUAGAAAGUGAGAAAACAAUCAGACUGACAGAGCAGAAUGGUGUCUCAAUAUUAAGGAAGUAUUGUGACUUGUGGUCUCCCAGAUUUUGACCUGUCAUUAGUAGAUUAUAUAAGCUAGUUGAUGACCUGACUUGGCUUCUCGGCAGGAAAAAAACCCUAUCACCUGUGCCUAGUAGGCUCUCUAAAAAGGUGAUGUUGUGAUCAUAUAAAAGUCAGAGUUUUGUGAGUCAGUCAGGAAUGUUUGGUUAAUCAAAUUAAGGCCAAAGACAUUUAAUCGAUAUCUAAAAUUUAUGUGCAUAGAUUCUGUAAAUAGAGAUGUCUAAAUAUAGUCAUAUGCUUCUUUCAUAUCUAGGAAAAUGUAAAACCUAGAUAUAUUUUGUUUUCACUAAAUUACCAUUCUUCACAAAAAGGCUAAGUGAAAUAAACAGGAGACGUCCUUUUUCAGAUAUUUUCUCCUGUAAGGAGAAACUGUGCUUCCUUUCAGGCCGUUACAGUAUCUGGACCCACUCGAGAAAGGCUUUGACUCACUGAGAUUCAAGAUGUUGCCAUGGUAAUGGCUCUGCAUUUGUCUAAUAUAGAAACAUUCCACCUGGAAAGCAGAACCCGAGCCACAUACUCAGAGAUGCUUCUGCCACUCGUCAAAUCAAAAAGCUGUGUUUUUUUUUUUUAAGGAAGAAGCACUGCUGCAUUCUGGGGCCAUGCAUGAAAAACGUGCAUUUUUACAGUUCACCCAGGAGACCCCUGCCAUCAAUAUUGCAUGGCGAAUCUGUGAUUCUGCAAAAAGGCAGGCGCAGCAGUAGGCAGAUGCAGAGAGGCUGCAGACUGCCUUGAGAAAAGGUGGCCUUGGAAAUGAAUGGGCGCCGAGCUCCUUAUCUUGUUGCGAGGAAGAUAUAUUUGUUCAGCGCAGCCAGCAUGCAGUGUGUUAUGAAGUGUAAGAAUAGGCUCGUGAUUAGCGUGCAGUGUAAAUGAGGCAUCGCAGAGAUGCUGUGAUGUAAAAGG